UUUCUGAAAGGUGUCUCCAAGAAGAAAUCCGGUCUGAAGAUCAUUGCAUCGUUCGGUGGAUCCGUCGUACCGUCUGAGCUGUUCGCUUUCCUAACGUGUGACGAGAAGCGCCGAGGAGCGUUUGUGAACAAUUUGAUCGAGUUUACACUAGCUCACGGAUUCCAUGGAGUUGAUUUGGCCUGGUUAUAUCCGGCACCUCAAGAACGGGAUCAGUACAUAAGGCUUCUACGGGAUAUUCGGUGUGCUUGCGACCGUAAUGGGUUGGUGUUCACAGUAACCGUCCCUAGCCGACCCUCUGUUAUCGAGGUGAACUACCCGGUGGAAAAGCUGGAAAAGUUUGCUGAUUUUGUUAUUUUGUGUACGAACGAUUAUCGCAAGCUACGAAAAACUUCCAUCAUGGCACCAUUGUACUCUUCCAGUCCGGGGUCAUCCAAUAGCAUCGACUACCACGUAGAUCGAUGGAAAAUGGCAGGAUUGAGCUGUAAAAAGAUCGUUAUCGUUAUUCAGACAAUGACCCUAACGUACAAGCUGUACAUUCAGAACGAAUAUCGCGUAGGCACACCAGCCCUGCAGCUCAAGAUUCGUCCGUACUACAAGAUCUGUCGGAAGCUGUACAGUGGAUCGCUAGAGAUUUGGGACAGCAAUGCGAAGAGCCCUUACGCAUUCCGCGAUCUCUCGUGGUAUUCAUACGAAAACGAAAAAUCAAUCAAAGAAAAGGUAGGCUUCGUAGUGCAACAGGGACUUGCAGGGUUGGCAGUGUUCUACUACGAUGAAGACGAUCCGAUCAACAUCUGUGGUGAUGGACAGUAUCCUCUUACGGCAAUAGUAGUGGCAGCGUUACAAUCGCAAUAUCUUCCACCAUCAGUGAUUACGGACUCGCAGAUAUAUCACUAUGAUUCACCAUCCUUGACACCUCCAUCACAGCUGGACUAUCGGCACUACAGUGAGGUCAACAGCAAUCAGCCACUUGCUGUUUAUGUAGAGGACAAGCAACCGAACAACAAAGCAUUUUUACCGGAUGUUUCGAAAAUUCACUCCGGAACACAAUUCGUAACACAACAGCAGCAGCAUAAGUCAAGCUCGCUAAGUUUCAACGCGAAGGAAUCAUCAUCACCGGUACAGAUAAGUGAACCGAUCUCUUCAAACGGAUACAGUUCCGUGGAAAGAAUGUUUUACGAUGCUGAAUCAGGGUCGGACGAGUACCAAGAUGGUUUUAACUUUGCGUACGAAGAAAUAGAGCUUGGACCGGGUGCCGACAUGGUGCUCACCAACACCGAGGCUUCGAUGGUGGUUAAAGAUCCCGUAGCGUUACCCUCAACAGUGCAACUGUUUUCGGAAGCAGUGCAGUCACAAAACUCACAUACCUGUCAACUGUUCUCAGAACAGCCGCGAAACCAUCCGGUAGUGUACACAUCGGGUACUUCCUGCAAGGGAUGCAGCACAUCAAAGCCGUGUCCCCAUUGCGCAUCUCUGCCGUCUUUCGUGUCGCAUGCCGAACAGCAUACGUCCAGCAUAUGUCCUUGUAAAUACCCAGGCAUUAAAAUUUUUGCUACGGGACAUGCAGCAACACCUGCGACAACAACUACGACUACCACUAUGGCACCGCCUGUGAUUCACUUCUUUACGAUGGCUCCACCAACAUUAAAGCCUCCAACAUGUUGCCAUGGAUGCCAACAGUGUGUUAAGGUUGUAGCAACGAGCAGUGCGGAUGUUCCAAAUGUGGCAGGACAUUCAUUGCCCUGCCCUUGCACAACACCUGCACCCGUGGGUGCACAGGGUCACUUGUACUCGGAGCACUCGUUUGUAUCGUCUGGCCCUGGUGUACAAAUACAAGCACAAGCUGUUGCUGGCUCACCGAUUGUUCACUUUACACCGUUUGAGGUAAAACUUUGUCCUCACGAUGGCAUCCUUCAUGAUCCUCACGAUCGACGAUCGUACUAUCUCUGUAAACGGGGCUUGCCCAUGAGUGAUGAAAAUAAGUUUAGCUGUGCUCAUGGUUAUAUCUUUAGCGAGGCAAGCAAAAAGUGUGUCCCCGAAGGAUCUUUCAAAUAGUUGCAAGCAACACAUCCACAUGAAGUCUGCUAGCUGCUAACAACGAUGAGCUUUUGGGCCGUGAGAAAAGCUUGCAUGUCGCCUAGACAAUCCAGUGAUUGUGUCGGUCUGUUUAGGUGAGCAUCGGCGAGAUAAAUUUAAAGAUAAUUAGAGAUAAUAAAAAUUUCGUAAAAAUUAAGCAAAUGUUACGAGUGUUUUGUACCAGCUGUUGGUAUGACUAGAUAAAUGACGAUAGAGCACACAAUGUGAGCUUUAUCAGAGAAUGUAAAACUGAAAAAGCCCAAAAAAUAAAAAAAAACCCAACAUCAACAGUGCGAUGUUGAUCACGUAGCUAUCAAAUGUCGUUACGGAAAAAGUUUGAAACGUGCUCGGGUCAUUCGGCAUAAAGUUAGCAAGUUGCAAACGAAAGCAAAGCAUAAGAAAUGAGCACUCAUGAGCACAAUGAUAUUUGGACAUUUUAUUUUAAAUGGUAGAAAACAUCUUUAUAUAAAAAUGUUUGCGAUACGCUGGGAAACUACUAUUUAUCAUAGUUUCGGGUACUAAUUAUCCAGUAAGUGCCUAUUUACUAAAGCAUAGAUGUUGCUAUUUUUAACAACAUCUUAAACGGUUUCAUGUGU